AAACGAAUGACUUAUACUUUGCACUAUUUUCACGCGAGUGGCUGAGGCUAGUACUCUCAAUAUAUCUAAAACUGUCAGAAUGAGCCUUCUAUCUGGCAUUCAUUGCAGUUUCUUUGAUCAUGUAUACAUUUACAAAAUGAGCUCAUUAAUCAUCAUUGUAAUCAUUUCAGACAUUUUUCAGUUAUAAUGUAAGAUAUCUUUUAUAGCCAUCAUAAUAAUUCGGAAACGAUUGUAAGUACUUUUUGCUCCCUCCCGCGUCCCGUCGUCAUACGUCCGCGGUGGAUCUUUGCGUCGUCUGUGCGUCGCGACGGGCGGUUGUCAGUUUCUGUUUAUACUGUGCUACGGAACUAUCGCGGAUUUAUCCUGCCGCCUGAUAUCAACAAUCACAAAAGGAUUCAAAGUUAAACAGAGGAGCAUGGGAGAAUUCAAGGAGACCUUGGGAAUCAAUGAGAUCAAGUCUAAGAAUAGCAACCUCCCAAAGGCUCUGCUAGCAGAGUUUUUGGGAGUACUGCUACUGAACCUUUUUGGAUGUGGCAGCGUAGUUCUUUCCGAUAGCAACAAGACCGUUGUGAUACCCUUAGCUUUCGGAUUAGCUAUUUUUGUGAUCGUGCAGGCGCUUGGACACGUAAGUGGGGCUCACCUUAACCCGGCCGUGACAGCAGGUCUCAUGUCAACAGGCACCACUCCCAUAUUACGAGGAGUCUUAUACAUUAUAGUGCAGUGCUUAGGAGCAUUAGCAGGAUCUGGAUUAUUAAAGGCACUAACUCCAGAAAAACUGCAUCAGUUUGGACUAGGCAACACAGCUAUCAAUUAUGACGUGAUCACAGCACUACAAGCUUUCGGAAUCGAAUUCUUCCUAGGUUUUAUCUUGGUUCUCACCGUGUGUGGAGCCUGUGACCCCAACAAACCAGAAAUGAAGUCAACAGCACCGAUAGCUAUUGGACUGGCUGUAGCGUUAGGGCAUCUCACCUGUAUGCCAUUUACUGGAGCUAGCAUGAAUCCAGCUAGAAGUUUUGGAUCAGCUGUCAUCGCUAACAUUUGGGACGACCACUGGGUCUAUUGGGCUGGACCAAUCUUUGGUGGUAUUGCGGCAGCUCUUCUUUACAAACACGCAUUCCAAGCUCCAAGCUUAGGUCCGCUGAAAAUCAUCGAGAGGUAUACAACAGUUGUCACGGACGAGAAAGAACUGAAGAGAUUAGAUGGCGCUAGAGACGAUUUGGCUUGAGAUUCCCCGUACCCAACGAAGACUAUACAUCAUCUCGCACAUCCAGAUACCACUCAUUAUUUAUAAUAAGUUCAUACCUAUUUAAAAGUGUUAGUUAUUAAGUUAGGUCUAAGCUUUAUUAUGGCAAAUACUCAAAGAAAUGCUUGCAGUUUCGAAUAAAUGGUAGUUUUUAAUACUGUAUAUUUAUGGAGCGCUUAUAAAACUCUGAUGUCUCAAACUUCCCAUAUCUUUCUUGUAUAGGUUGCGUUUAACACAUGAAGAAGAUUUGACUCUCAUUUUUGGACAUAAUUAGACUAUUAAGCGAUUUUUAACUUUUUUGAGAACGUCAGGUGAUACUAUUUGUGUCAGUUGCCACUACAAGCUUCUUACCUUGAUAAUUUAGAAGUUACCGAUUAUUUGCAUUUAGGGACAUCGUUUUUCUUUGCAGAAAAACGUGGCGUCCUCACAAUUCCAACAAGCUGCUACAGUCAUCCUUGAUGAUACUCUACCAGAUUGCUGGAUUGGACAAUGAAGACGCUCUAGGAAAUAUCUAUUGGACUUCACAAAGAUAAUUGUAGGCAUAUUUAAUUAACUGAUUGUGACUCAGUAGGAUGACUUAUGUUUUGGCUUUGGGAAAAAGUGCAUAAAAGAAUCGGUGAUUCCCGAUGAAUUUCAACGUUGUCAUGCUUUUAGGAGCAAAGCCUAUUUUUUAAGAAAAGCUCUUAGCAAAUACAAGAAAAUGUGAAAGCUGAGACAUCAGAGACUAGAUUGAAGCUUUUACAUUAAAUGUUGAAGUUCUGUGCGUUCGCAUCGAAAAAAUAUGUAUGAAAUGGUCAAGAGGUACAGUGAAAAUAGUGUAUAUCGAGCCACUACAAAAUAGUAACGACUGUUCAUAUUUCUUGCUGCCUAAUAGCUCAGAUAUAUUUUUUUAUCAUGUCGUCGUUACUGUAGGAUGCAAGCAACUGUAUGUAAUAACACUUUUUUAAUAAAUAAUUCAGAACAAAAUCCUA